AUUACAGAUCGUGCUGGAAUGUCUGAUUUGGUUGAGACAUAUAGAAACACAAUGAAAUCCAUAGAGGAUUCUGGAUUCAAAGCAGAAAAUCUAUACAGCUUAAUGGAAAUAAAAUUAAAAGAGCUAAAGGUGAAGGUUGACGACAUCUUUAAUAGCUUUGAAAAUGAACGAUUGUGUCCAAAUCUGAAAAAUGACACAAACUGUGGCGUUAUGGAGCAAGACGUUAUCGAGUGUAACACGUGCCAACGCCAGAGUUUACUGUGUGUUGGAGGCACAAAUACAAAUAAGUGUGACGAAAUGGUAGCUAAAUGUCCCAUGUGUGUGUGCUAUGAAGGAUCCUGCUACCAUAAGGAUACUAAGGAACCAUGCCAUGCGUGCCCAGGAUACUAUAAGUGCCUAAAUGAAGUUUUGCUCUGUAAAACUGAGCACAUAGAAAUUCAUGAAGGUGAAGACCUGGCUUUUAACUGCAACAUCCAGUUUCUUGCCAGCAUAGAGGAAGAAAUUGAAUAUGUUUUUGAUAAGAGAUUUGAAUUUCAGAUUCAUCUACUACAAACUGGCAGCGAGCCUAACUUUAGCAAACCUCAUGCUGCCAGGCAAGAUUUAGGACAUUAUACCUGCACCGUGAGGUCUAAAGAAUCAAAGUUUCCUUUUGCCAAGAAAGACUUUAUAGUAAAAGUUGUGGAAUCAGGAUCAAGCGCUAGGCAUUUGCACCACCCAAAAGUUGAGGAUGUUCCCACUGUUCCUGCUGGUGAUAUCGAACCAGAGGACAAGGACGAUAUAAUAAUUCUGGUUGCUGCUAUCGCUGCCACUGUAAUAUUUGUUAUCAUAAUUGUAAGUAUAUGUGCCGUAUAUAUUCAAAGAAACCGUGCGGCUAGAGCUCAAGAAAGGAAGUUUGAAAGUCAUGGGGAUCCUUAAUGAUAGUGACGGCAAAGCUGAUAUGUGAUUCCUAUAGACAGCAUUCUCAGAUCAUAUUUGAAGUACAUGAAGAAAUGAGAGUCUGUCACUGAAGUUAUUGUCUGCUUGCUACGUAAAGCGGGACCCUAGCAUUCAUUAUUUGUAACAAUAAAAUAUGAUGGUUGAUGGUAA